UGUAGUCUUCCUCUAUGGAUGUCAUGUUGGACAGAGGGAGACAAGCAACAACAAACCUUGGCAGAGUCCAAGCUGAAUCUUACCACCAUGGAAGGAGCUUUGAAGGGUAAAAAAUUCUUUGGAGGAGACGAGAUAGGAAUUGUAGACAUUGUAGUGUUUUGCUCUGUUUACUGGGCUGAAAUAGCUCAAGAAGUAGUUGGAGUGAAUGUUAUCAAUGAAGAAAAGCAUCCUGUUCUAUGCAAAUGGAUGAAGGAAACUGUUGACUCGAAAGUGCUGAAGGAUUACAUGCCUCCAAGAGAGAAACUUCUUUGUCAUUUCCAAACUUAUAAAGAUGCCAUUGCUGCUUUAAUGAAUGCUAGAUUUGGUUCUAAUUAG